UGUAAUGUAAACAGUCCUGCCACACCCGUGGAAACACACUCGAGUCGAGAGCUCCUGGAAUUCUUCAGUCAGACGAUGCAUGUGGUCCUCGUCAGUGUGUUUCUGCUCCAGCUCUCAGCUGUUCUGAGAACGAAAUGUGCUGGCUUUUGUAAAUGCAAGAGGAUUGAAUAUAGCAGGCGGUUGUAGCAGUUCACGGUUUGCUCUGUUGACUGCAUGGCUCCAAUGUCUUGCAGUUUGGAAAAGUUUCUUUUAAGGAGUUUCUUCUCUUGAUAGUGAAUUAUGCUGAACUCGGGAGGAAAAUGAAACUCGACAGACGUUUAUGAAGCGGUUGUAGGUGUGCGUCAUAUUUGGAUUAAACUUCUGGAAGUUGUGAGCCAGACUUCCCCAGAGCCCUUCCCUUGUAAUGAGCAUGGUCGGAGAAGGACUUCGUGUUUCGUAGCAGUGUGUGCCUAUGUCGGAUUCUCCAGUGCGUUUCUACAAGCUCAAGAGCUGAUAUGAAUAAAGUAGAGUCGUGGUCUGAGGAGGAGGUCUCGCUCUGGCUGACCGAUCAGGGUUUGCAGGAAUACUCUGAACCGUUGAGAAACCUAGACGGACAGGCUUUAUUAAAUCUUACCACGGAGGACUUCAAGAGGGCAUCCCUCUCCAGGGUCACGUCAGAUGGUGGUCUUUUGCUCCUGGAAAAGAUAGAGACUCUUAAGAUCGAGCAUCACAUCGAUGUUCACAAGAAUGGACAUGCCAAUGGACACAUGGUGUUGAAUCAUAACGGGAAUGCCGGGAUCACCGGCAAGGCUCCGCGGAAUGGCGUGGUGAAUGACUUCCACAAGGAACUGGUGCAGAUUACCAUACCAGAGCCAGCUUCUCCACAGUUCCCUCCCGAAUGGGGAAAGACCGCCGUGGCUUUUGUCUAUGCCUUAUGCUGCUUCGUCUUCACCACCGUCAUUAUUUCUGUGGUCCAUGAGCGCGUGCCUCCUAAGGAGGCAACUCCACCUCUCCCUGACAAGUUCUUUGACUUUUUUGACCGGGUGGAGUGGGCUUUCUCUGUAUGCGAGAUCAACGGAAUGAUUCUGGUGGUCUUGUGGAUCAUACAGUGGAGUCUCUUAAAACACAAAUCAAUUGUUGGUCGACGCUUCUGUUUCAUAGUCGGGACGCUUUACCUCUACAGGUGCAUCACCAUGUACAUCACUACUCUUCCUGUGCCUGGCAUGCACUUCAAAUGCUCUCCGAAGCUGUAUGGCGACUGGGAAUCUCGGAUACGGCGGGUGAUGAAAUUGAUCGCAGGAGGGGGUCUGACCAUCACAGGCUCCCAUAACUUGUGUGGAGACUACUUGUACAGUGGCCAUACUGUCAUGCUCACCCUCACUUAUCUCUUCAUGAAGGAGUAUUCUCCCAGAAGGUUCUGGUGGUACCACUGGGGCUGUGGGGCGUUGUGUGCAAUAGGAGUGUUCUGCAUUCUUCUUGCUCAUGACCACUACACGAUUGAUGUUGUUGUGGCCUACUUCAUCACCACACGUCUCUUCUGGUGGUAUCACACAUUGGCUAACCAACAAACGCUCAAAGAGACGUCCCAGACCAACUUUUUCGCCCAUGUGUGGUGGUACAGAUUUUUCCAGUACCUGGAAAGCAAUGUUCCCGCCGUCGUCCCCCGCAGCUACCAGAAGCCCUUCUCGUGGCGAUCGCUGCAGUGGGGUCACGUGAAGUACACACGGAUAGAUUCAGACUGACUGACGUGCAAUUUUGGAAGUUGGUCUCCGAAACAUGUGCCGGAACAAGCCUGACAUUGUAGCCAAUCCCUUUAACUAACAGACUAGUCAUCCAAAGCUUGUCAUUCCUCUGUGACGUCCUCACAGGAUUGAUUUUGGGAUGUAAAACUUAUCACGUAUGGGGCGAAGAACAACAGAGACGAAACCAUGGUCAGGGAUAAGCAAGUGGCUUGCGAUGGCCUGUAAUAUCAUCUUACGUCAAUAAAAAAAAUGAGCCAGGAAGCCAAAUGAGAAGUUAUUUAUUUUCCCGAAUAACU